AUGGGCUUCGGUGGUGGAUACGUACAGGAGUCAAUAGGCGGCCUCGUUAUUGACCCGCAAGAUCGUGUCGAGCGCGAACUCAUCAACGCCGAGGUGCGUGCAAACAUAAACAACUAUGGUGACACAGGUCUCCUCAUUACCCACUUCAAUUCAGAUGACAGCCGGAUGGUCCUGAACAUCUCCUGCAAUAAGUCCAAAAUGGUCUUUCAACACACGAACACUCCACAACAAGUGACGUGCAAUUUGACAUACGAACUUACUGUGCCUAUUGCUCUCUCCUUCGAAAUUGACUAUCCUCCAGUGGCCCAAUUAGCUCCUGCAUUUUGGCUGCAUCUAAAGCCUACCUCGCCCGGACAGGUGACUAUUCCCCUGAACCUGACAAUACUGGGAGUGCGCAUGGGUGUAGCCUACCUGAGAAUUUGGGCUCGUGAAGCCAUAGAACAGAAUGGAUCCGGUCUCUAUGUGUGGCACAAUUGGAAUCGGUCUGACCCUCAGCUCGUGGAAACCUACUUAUCGAUGCUGAUGAACAGGAGUGAGUUCGGCAGUAGUGGUUCCGUCAUGGGCCUCCCGGUUAGAAUUUUACGAAAGCGUGGCGUAGUGGAAGUGGUCUUUAGGGGAGUAAUUACGUUUCUGGUCAUUGGAAUUACCUUUGCAAUGGGGUGCGCGCUGGAUUCACGUCUGAUAUGGAACCAUUUGAAGAAGCCUGUGGGGCCGCUUAUUGGUUUUUGCUGUCAAUUCGGAAUCAUGCCACUGGUAAGUUUGAACGGAUCAAGUGCUCUUUCAUUCUGAUAACCGACCCCGACAGUCAAUUUAAAUUCCUCAGAACUUCAUUGGCCAUUGAAGGCAGAUACCCUGCUUUCAGAAAAGCUGUGUCAGGUAUUCAGCAGGAAAGAAAUCGAUUGAGUCGCUGGGAAGAAAGCUAUAGGUCGCGGUCAUGAUACGGGCUUUCUGUAAUACGUUCAAAUUUCACCGAGGCUGCAUAUGUUUUCACAAAAAUGGGCGGUUAGAUUGGUCCCCUUUUUCGAAAUACUUGUUUAGAAUAUUUGCCUAAAUCUCCACAAAUAGGUAACAAAAUUUAUAAAUAUUGCAAGAUGAGAGCUUUAAAGGCCACGCUCGAGUUGCAUCUGCCGCUUUAAAAUUUCCAAAAUUGCAUACACCAGAAAGCCCGUAGAAAGGGCUGAGGAUCCGUUAAGGAGAUGGAUGAAGUUUUGCGGCUCGGGCAAUUACCGUCAUUAAAAUUAGACUAUUAAUAGUGCUUCUUGUUAAUGUGGACAGAAGUUUUUCUUCUAUUCCACAACGGCAAAUUAGACUUUAUCUAAGCGUUCAUUUCAGUUAUGCGGUUGCCAGUAAAAAUUGUGUCGCGGACAUUUAAUUUCAAGUGCUUUCUUUAAGAUAUUGCGAAAUAAUUAGUUCAUGAUAUACUCACGAAAUGUUACGAAAUUAAUAAAAAAUUGUGCAAUGCACAGCUCACUCACGCUGCACCCACAGGUUUUUUAGCAUUAAGGAAUCGAUUAUUUUUCUGGGGAGUGCUGAGUUAAGGGAAUAGCCUGAAAUAUAACAAAACAGCACUCGCUCUCCGAAAUUAAAUACUUAGACCGUACUGUAUUCGUCGAAAGCGGCUAGCCCCAAAAACCACUUUAACGCCAUUUUUGAAUGACAGACAUUCCCUAUCCGUCAUCUGUGCUGUAUGCAUUUGCUUUUUUGUGUUUCUGGUUCCAGGCAUUCGUUAGCGCUACCUCUAGCCGUAUGGGGGUAGAAAAGACCCAACCGCGGUUGUAACGACCCAUGCGUACUUUUGCUGGCACCUAUUUGCUAUUGUAUGUUAACUCAUUUUGGCAUUGUAUGUGCUUGCCUCUUAGUGUUUAGUUUUAGUAUUUUAGUUUCAAAGAGCUAAUGGACCCAUUUGGACUUAUUUUGAUGUAGAUAGGAGCAGACGCGAUGAGUCACAAAAUGUCAACCGGGAUUCUGAAAUGAUUUUUUGACUCGAAGAAUUACUUAAGGAGGGUUGUAAUACUAAUUACCGUGAGGGAUAAUCCCCAGAUAAUUCAGGUACGUCAGGAUGCCGACUUUUAAACGAACUUCCCUCCAGCCGCCUGCAAAAACAUCGGUCUAUAAAACAGGGCCGCUUAUAUAGGAGGCAUUUUUUCCCCUGAUUCUCCACACCUUUAUUAACUCGAAAAUAUUUCGCAGCAAACAUGCGAAAAAUAUCCACUAUUUUACUAAUUUGGUAGAAAAUUGCGUCCUCUCUAAAUCCUACAUCUCACAUAAGCGUAAAAUUUAGUUUAAGAGCCUUCCCAACUUCCCAAUAAUUUUGGACCCGACCUUCCGUUGCACUGAUAUCCGGGGAUUUAAAACUGCAAACUGUACGAUAUAAGAUCAAAAGAGUAUGGGGUGAUCAAGGGGAGUGAACGAUGUCGAGGAACUCUUUGCUUCAGGCACAUAACGACCGCUAUUGAAACCCCAUUCGAACAUUCUUGCCAUACAUUCCACGCUCAGCGAUAUGCCGGUACGAGGCUGCACAUCCGAGCUUCAAACGCCGAGUUACUUGAACCUCAGGCAAAGCUCUCACCACUGCGUUGACAAGCCCGCGUCCGUACGGGCAAGUGAAGUCCAGACUUGCAUGGUAGCAGAAAGUGGGCCAAAAACAGUAUUCACUUGCCUCUCUAUUCUUCAGUAAAAUCUCCGCGAUUACUUAAUGCUGGUUUUUGCGCGCGACGACCUCUGUAAGCAGCGGACUCCAAAUGUCACUGUAGAUCCGAGAAGGGUUGUAAUACUAAUUACCGUGAGGGAUAAUCCCAAGAUAAUUCAGUUACUUGAGAAUGCCGGCUUUUAAAUGAUCUUCUCACCGGCCGCCUGUAAAAACGACUUUCUGUAGAACAUCACUGCUUACGUAACAUAAAUUUUUUCAUUGAUUUUCGAUACCAGUGUAAAUUCGAAAAUAUUUCGGAGAAAAAAUUCUUAAAAAUAUGCAUUCUUUUAAAAAUUCGGUAGAAAUAUAUGUCUUCUUUAAACUUCACACUUGAAAGAAAGGUAUAAUUUACCAAACAACUUUACCUUUUCGCAAAUAAUUUUGAACCCGAACUGCCGCUGUACUUACAUCCAGGGUUUUGAAACUACAAGAUGCCCACAUUUCGUUUACGGAAAAUAAUACAUUUCGAUACCUUAUUAAGAGGAGAUCAUAUGAAAUUGAUAAGAUUAAACAGUGGAUUUGAGCCAUAUUGCAAACGUUACAGGCAACGUUGGUAAAUGCAGGGACACGUUUUAUGAACGGGCAUUUCGCGGUCAUAAAAUAUCUCACGAUUAGAAGACUUUUUAAAACCGAAUUAUACCAUUCUUUCAAGUACAAAAUCUGAAGAGGAUUUGCAUCCAAAUGAAAAAGCAAGCAGAUAUUUUUUGCAUAUUUAAGAUGAAAUAUUUAUGUAUUGAUAAAGGCAUUAAAAGCCAGUGAGAAAAAUGUAUGCUGUAUAUGAAGUCACUUUUUUUCAGAGUGCGGUUUUUAAAGGCGACCGGAAAGAAGAUAGUUUAAAAGUCGGCAUCGUGAAGUAUUUGAAUUAUCCUGGGAUGAGGCCUCACGGUGGUCAAUAUUACAAUCCUACAUAGGUAAUCUUUUCGGGUCAAAGACCCAUUUCGGUUAAAAUUUCAUGAGUUAGCGCGUGUCUGUGUGCCGAUCGUUCCGGAAGUGACCCGAUUUCAAUAUAUGGAAAUCUGACUAUGAUGGACGAUCGGAAGCAUAUAGCAUACCAACAUUCAUGCAGUCCGCUUUUAGUGCUGUUAGGUGAUCUGAGGAGCGGACGAUGACGAUGAACUCCCUCCUUCAUGAACAUAACCACUGCCAGUGAAGGACCCAUUCUAGCAGUCAUUCAGCAAUACGCCAACGACAACCUCUGUGGCCGAGCUUCUAAUCCCGAGUUAGGUAAUUGUCGGGCAAUGCUCUCACCACUGCGUUGAGAGACUCGCAUCUGUAUGGGCGUGUGCAGCCCGGACUUGCGUGAUGGCAGCAAGUGUGCCAGAAAUAGCUACUCCCUUGUCUCUUUAUUUGUCGUUAAAAUCUCCGUACUUGCUUAAUGCUGGUUGUUGCGCGCGACGAACCCUCAAAGCAGCAGACUCCCAAUGUCACUGUAGAUCCGAGGUGUUUUUUUUUCCGGAAUUUAAGGUAGAUGGGUGCGCGUCACUCCCAUCUGACGCAUCUUAUUAUGCCGCUGUUGGUGAGCUUCUGUCAGGCCUGGGAGAAAGUAAACUUUUUAAAUUAUGCAAACGACUUUUGCUGCUGACUGCCUUAUUAGUUUGCCUUGACGAUAAUUUCCUCUAGGUGUACGCAGGGGGUUUGGGAUUGAUGACAGUUUUGGGAUAUGUGAUUUCAACUGCUUCCUCUAAGUAUUCCUGAAAUUAUUAGUUCAGAAUAAACUCAGGAAGUGCUACGAAACUCGUAAAAAUAUGUGCACUGCACAUCUCACCCGCCUCGCAUUCACAGAUUUUAUCGAAUUGAAAAAUCAUUUGUUUUUCUGGGGAGUACAGAGUUAAGGGGUUAGCUUGAAAGAUAACAUAACAGCCCUCUCUCUGAAAUUCAGUUUUCAGGUUGUGCUCUAUUCUUCGAAUGCGGCUUACCCCAACACCACUUCAAUGCCAUUGUUAACUGAUGUCAUGAGGCCUGCGAGAUCUGUGCUGGGAGAAAUACCCUUCAAUAAUGCAGCCACAUGUUGAUCCGAACUAAUUUAAACUGUGUGCUUCCUGCUAAAUCCUUCAUCUUCUAACUACUGAACUGUGCUACUAUAACCAUAGAAAAUUAUUACAGCAUAUUUUACCAUAUCUAUGGGCGUAAACUCCCCUGUUUAGCCUACAGAAGCUACCACGUAGCGUUUGUAUCUUGGGGUACUUGUGAAUCUAGUCAUAUUUUUUUCCACAGGUGUCAUUCGCGAUUGGGAUGGUCAUGCCAAUAAAACCGGAAUUAGGCUUUGGUCUCCUCACUACCGGCUGCUCUCCCGGUGGCGGUGGCUCCAAUGUCUGGACCCUCCUACUGCAUGGCGAUCUUAACCUCAGUAUGACGAUGACAUUCAUCAACAGCAUUGCUGCUCUAGGUAAGUCGUUUUUUCGCUUGACCCAUUUCGCCUGCAUUGAGUUCUGUUCAAGAGGAGCGUGGGAGAACAGCAUUUGCACAGCGUGAAGUGUUUGGCUAACGCAAAAUAGCGGAAGGCAUAGGCAUUUAGGCUGAUUUAGUCUUAACCUGUCCUUAUUGCUAACGAUUAAAUCUGGUUAGAGGUCAUUGCCAAUAGAAGCAAAGGGACGAAUCCCAGGAAGUAGUCUUGAAGAAGGAGCCACGAUCGCUGGGACGAGAGUUUUAUUGGCCUAUCAAUCAAUUAGCACACCAAGUGCGACGAUUCCGGAUGGAGGGGGGAGCCGUGAAUGAUCAAAGGUUUGCGGUGGCAUGGCGACUGCAUCCUAUAAAUACUGUAGUCCCUUGUGCAUGAACCACCCGUAUCUGCCUUUGUCCCUGAUAAUGGGUUCGAGCAGGGAUUCGAAACGUCAGGCUAAUAAAGCUCUUGUCCGAGCGAUCGUGUCUCCUUCUUCAAUGUUAGAGGUCGUGCUGUCAGUAUGCACUUGAACCACUUCUGUUUGCUUAAUAAGCAUCCGCCUGUGAGCUUCAAACGCUUAAAUCAGUUUGAAAAAUCCCUCCUGAUCAGAAAAUGUACUUAACGACCAACUAAGGGCAGUUAGAUCUUAUGAGUUUCGGUGUCGCAAAAACCUUGUUUCGUCCCCAAAUCCAGUGACACUUCGUGGUAUAAAGAAUAUCAUGCUUAAACACAGAUUGAAGUUGUGAGCAUAAUUCGUGAUGUGAAUUCCUAGUCUUCUUGUAGGUCAAGUAAUGUCCUGUCAGAUACAGUUUACCCGCGAUACAGUGACUUGUAAAUGAGGAAAAAUCUCUAUUAAAAAUUUUUAUGUAGCUUAGUCAGACUGUGAGCCCGCUCUAUUAUUACAUAUAAAAUGUCGAACACAACUUUGAAGAGCCUACCGAGUUGAUGGACCAAACGCUGAUGGUUUUUUACAAUUCUGCUGCCUUGUUUGCUUCUAUUCUUUAGGCUAAUGAUCUAGCACUGAUUUUAGAUGCACCUAAAAAUCCAAUAAUAUUUUAUGGAAAACAUGCGGAAAAUGUUCAUUAUUUUGCUUAUUUGGUGAGAAAUUACGUCUUUUUCUCAUUUUAUACUUGAAGGAGGGGCAAAAUUCGGUUUAAAAAGUUUCUAAUGGUGGGACAUUUAAAUACCGUGAAAUGGCCGCUCAUAAAUCGUCAUGUCUUUGCAUUUACGAAUGUGGCUCGUAAAGUUAACAAAAUGGAUUAAAUCCACUGCUAAAUUUUAUAACACGUAUAUGAUCCUCUUUAUUACCGUAAAGAAAUGUGCAAUUUGCCGUACGCGGAAAAUAUACGGCUUACAGUUUGGAAACCCUAAAUCUAAGUGCAACGGUAGAGCGGGUUCAAAACUUUUCGGGAAUUGGAAAAGUUUUUGAAAACCUAAUAAUACUCUUACUUUGAGUAGAAGACUGGAAAAAGAUGUAACUAUCUACCGAAUGAACAAAAGAAUGAAUAUUUCAUGCACAUUUUCAAUGAAAUAUAAUUGCUUUUUCAAGGGCAUCAAAAAUCAAUGAGAAAAUUGCAUACUAUUUAAGUGGUUAUUUUUGCGGAGCAAAUUUCUUUCAUGCAUCUGGCAGGAAGUUCAUUCAAAAGCUGACAUCCUGAGGUAACUGAAGUAUCAUGGAAGUGUGUUGCAGGUUGACUAGUUUUACCUAAUCUUUGCGAAACGAAAACGCAUUUCGGAAUUCCGCUUUACACUUCAUGACUUAGCCCACCUACUGUUUUUCAGGCAUCGCCAUCGAGGCCAUCCUACUUUGUUUCUGAUGCAGACUGUGAUGUUGGAGUAAUACUGUUUGGUUAAACUAGCGUCUGGUAAUCAGGUCUCCAGAGGGCGAUCUUUAGGGUUUCAAAAUGUCACCUUCAAUUAGCACCUAACUCCCUCGGAACGUAAGUCUACCAUGAUGCGCAUUCAAUGUCUUAAUCACCUAUGACAGCUAUGGAAGUCGCGGUAGGUAACAGGUGCGGUUCACACGGUGGAAGACAGUAUACUUGAAAUCCUGACCGCCUACUUGACUUAAAUACCAGUUCGGUCUGUUGGAUUUUCAUUUGCGGAAGGUUUCUACUGAAUGAUCCCUCAAUCUAUGGAUUGAGGCUUCACAGUCUAUGGAACCAUGCACAGUACUUGUAAUCUGGAGAUCUGCGGAGGUAAGCGGUUACACAAGAUUCGUGCUGAAGACUGCCAGUACUUUUUAGCAGUCUAUAAAACUGCCCAGAACGAAGCAGACAGGAUAAGUUUAUGUCCGUUUUGAGAAAGCCGACCAUUCAAACACAAGCCAUACCUUAUUUUUCCGGACUCCUGGAAAUUGGGUAUCAGGGCCACAGCACCUCAAGGUCUUGAAUAUUGCGUAGUUCACUGCGAGUUACGAUAUUUCUCUGCUUUUAUUCAAACAUCGAUAGAAGACUUCCGCAUGUAAAACAUUAAUAACGGAAAGAAAUUAGGAAAAAGGCCUCGCGUAACAAUCCAUCUGUCAUCCUAGACUUCAUAUGCGCAGCUGGGGCAUAUUUUACUUCCUCAGAGACAAAAGUAGCCCGUUUCAGUCAGAUGCUCACAGAAAGCGCAGUCCUCCGCGAUGUCAAAUAACUUCAAUCCUGCCAUAAGUGAUAUUUGAUUUUGCGGACCACUUGAAACUCAGUAAUGUAAGUUGAAUGAUUUCUGCGUAUUCGCUGAGACUACUAACUCUUAAUCUGUCCUCUUUAAGGAACCCACCGAGGUAGUGAUUUUGAUAAGCGCUCAUAUCCGGAGAAGCUUUCAGCUGGUGGAUGCAAGCCCUUAUCUGUCAGAAAUAUUGCUCACUUUCCCACUCCUCUCUCUUUCUCUAUUCUCAUGAUUUGCUGCUCUAACCAGUCAACUUUUCCUCACAAAGGCAUGACACCGCUGAUGCUGUUUAUUUUCGGCCGCUUCUUCCUUGACGUGCAGCAGAUACGGAUUCCCUACAGACAGAUUGCCUGCGAGUUGCUCUAUGUUGUUGUGCCCGUCUCUGUUGGCAUGUUGGUGAAGCACUACCUUCCCAAGGUGAGCACCCAAAUCCGGCGAUUUUUGCGGCCAAUGGCGCUUCUUUUCCUAGCGGUGGUGUUCGGUUUCGGCGCGUACGUGAACCUGCCCAUCUACGCCCUCAGUGGUCAGUAUCCCCUGCUUCUGCCCACAGCGGCUGCCCUACCCUGGACUGCCUUUCUGACUGCCGGCCUUUUCGCCUACCUGCUGCAGAGAUCUCGCGCCGAAAUCCUCACUAUCGCCAUUGAGACGGCCAUUCAGAAUAUUGGCAUAGCCAUCCUCGUGUUGAUCUACUCGAUGCCUCAACCGGAGGGAGACAUUGGUGCUGUGAUGCCUCUGAUCGUGUCCCUCUUUAUGCCUCUGCCACUGCUGAUCGCUUUGAGUGUUCUCUGCAUUCGAGAGAGACGAUGUGUCUGUUGCCGUAGGCGGCCGCAGCGCUCCCCACUGUCUCAGAAGGGCGAAAUAGUUGACUGGAUUGAUGGGGGUCAGGGCGAGGAAGGCGAUGAAGGUGAAGAAAUGAAAUCUGUGCGAACGUAG